GGGAGGGGGUGUGCACAGUGCAGCCGGUCUCUCCUCCCUCUCUCUCCUCCCUCUGCUGCAGCGGCCAUGCUGCUGUCCGCUGCUCGUCUCGGUGCAUCCCGGUCCUCCUCCUCCGGUGUAGCUUGAGCCUCCUGCAGCAUCCCUGAAUCCCGGGUUAGCGGACCGGCUCGGAUCGGGUCGUAGUUCGCGGUGCAGUCCCGCCUGGAUCCACCGGAACAGACCGGAACACUGCAGGAGGAGCCUCCAUAGCAACAAAACCGGUUCCACGGCAUUAUCGGUAGGUGCCUCCCUCUCCGUUUGAAUGGCGCUGUCAGCUCGGCUUAGCAGCGUUCGGGCGGAUGAAGAGCAUUCUCUAUCAGGGUUUAGAGGUUUGAGGUUUCAUAACCACGUGAUGCACCAGCUCACAGUCUGGCUUCAGGUACAUUUUAAUGUGCAUGCAAAUCAAUGAGGAUCUCUCACUCUGGCCUUUAAAGGAUAUUUAAUUUCACUAAAAUAAGUGAUGGAGGAGUGUUGAGGAGACAGAAAACCCCCAAAACCAAGAAGAUACCAGGACUACCAACCAUUGCACCAGGUGCACUGCUGGGACUCCACGGACUUGUACCAGGUCUGCACAACCAGGGUACUGCAGGAAGGUCACUGUGAGGGCACAUUCAAAUCAAGUAGAGAGUUUUGGUUCCACUAAGACGGAUAGUGUCCAUCUACAGCCGUCGAAGCAGCCUUUAGCAAGAACCUCCACCUGGUCUCUCCGGAUUAAAGCAUAAAUUAAAUACCUACAUGUGGACAAAGGGCUGUUCAUAGUGUUACAUAAAGUUGAAAUACGAUACCACUGGAUUUAAAACAGCGUUAUCUGACACUGGAGCUACAUCUACUACCUUUUUACUCGUAAACUUCAGUUAAACUAAAAAGGUACAACAACCAGAACCAGAUACCAACUCUUCUUCAAACUGGUUCAGUGGUGCAACUGGACUAGUAGAAGUCUGACCACCAAAGGGAUUACAGCUGGGUUUUUGAGAAUUAAAAACCACAUUUUGAGGACUACAACCAGAUGACUGUGUCUACAAAAGGCUACAGAGUCACCAAACUCAAGCUCUAACAAGCUAGAAGCCAGGUAACCAGGAUAAGAGUCACGGUUUAUGGUUGUUGGAAGAUGAAUCUUAUGUAGCAGGGACUCUGUUUAACGCUACUGGACCGGUAUUCACCAUGUCUUUGAGUAAGACACUCGAGCUGGAGCACUUUGACGAACGCGAUAAGGUCCGCCGGGGACGCUCCACCCGCACCAAGAGAGACCACUCCACCGCCAGCGCAGGCGGUGGCGGGUCUGGACCCAGUUCCCGGGGCAGCAGCCUGGUCCCUAGCCCUGCCCACAGCGCCAACUGCAGCUACUACCGGACCCGAACCCUGCAGGCGCUCACCUCGGAGAAACGGGCCAAAAAGGUCCGGUUCUACCGCAACGGAGAUCGGUACUUCAAGGGUCUGGUGUACGCCGUUUCCAGCGACCGGUUCCGCUCCUACGAUGCGCUGCUGAUGGAGCUCACGCGCUCUUUGGCGGAUAACUUGCAUCUGCCACAAGGGGUGCGGUCGAUCUACACGAUCGAUGGCACCAAGAAGAUCACCAGCAUGGACGAGCUGGGGGAAGGCGAGUGCUACGUUUGUGCCUCCAACGAGCCCUACCGAAAGGUUGACUACACUAAGAUCUCCGUCCAGAGCUGGAAGCCAGGUGCCGGUGCCGGUGCCGGAGCCGGAGCUGGAGCCGCGAGCUCAAGCUUGAGUCGGCCCUCCACGGUGUCCGCGGGGGUGUCGGCGAGCACAGCCGCCAGCUCCUCCAAAGAACGCCUCGAGGGCCGCGAGGGCCGUGAGGGCCGCGAGGGCAGAGAGAGCAGAGAGAGCAGAGAGAGCAAAGACUUCAUCAAGCCCAAGCUGGUGACGGUGAUCCGCAGUGGCGUGAAGCCUCGCAAGGCGGUGAGGAUCCUGCUGAACAAGAAGACGGCGCACUCCUACAAUCAGGUGCUCGCCGACAUCACGGAGGCCAUCAAGCUGGACUCCGGGGCCGUGAAGAGGCUGUACACGCUGGAUGGGAAACAGCUGACCUGUCUGCAGGACUUCUUCGGGGAUGACGACGUGUUCAUGGCGUGCGGGCCGGAGAAGUUCCGCUACGCUCAGGACGACUUUGUGCUCACACAGUGCAGCAAGACACCGGCUUUCGUUAGUGAAUGCAGAGUCAAGGUACCUCGCCCUACCGCCCAUCCCAAUCCCAAAACUACAACUCCCAAAACCCCUAGCAGCCCCAGCCUGUCCUCUAAGACUCCUCCCAAAGGCCUCUCCAGAACGAGGUCACCUGGUCCAGCCAAUGAGGCCUCAGGAUCGCAGUCAGCUGUGAAGCCGUCCAGGUCAAGCCCCUCCCCCACCAGCCCCGGGACACGACGCAGCCUCAAGGUCUCUCCUCGUCGUGCUUCCUCCACAGAUGUGAACGGAGAGGCUGAGCAGCCCGACGACACCAUCGUUGAAGUGAACGGGAAUCGCUCCGUUUCCUCCUCCACCAUCAGCGACAAGUACAAAGUCGGUAAAGUGAUCGGAGACGGAAACUUUGCGGUGGUGAAAGAGUGCGUGGAGAGGUCGACGGGACAGGAGUACGCUCUGAAGAUCAUCGAUAAAGCUCGCUGCUGUGGGAAGGAGCACCUGAUAGAAAAUGAGGUGGCGGUGCUGCGGAGGGUUCGACAUCCCAGCAUCAUCCAGUUAAUCGAGGUGGACGAGACGCCCAGUCAGCUGUUCCUGGUCAUGGAGCUCGUCAAGGGCGGCGACCUGUUCGACGCCAUCACCUCCUCCACCAAGUACAGCGAGCGAGACUCCAGCGCCAUGGUGUUCAACCUGUCCGGAGCCGUCAAGUACCUGCACCGCAUGAACAUCGUCCACCGGGACAUCAAACCAGAGAACCUGCUGGUGUGCGAGUACCCAGACGGCACCAAGUCGCUGAAGCUGGGCGACUUUGGUCUGGCGACGGUGGUGGAGGGGCCGCUGUACACCGUCUGUGGCACGCCGACGUACGUCGCCCCGGAGAUCAUCGGCGAGACCGGCUACGGUCUGAAGGUGGACAUCUGGGCGGCCGGAGUGAUCACCUACAUCCUGCUGUGUGGAUUCCCUCCAUUUAGAAGUGAGAAUAAUGUCCAGGAGGAGUUGUUCGAUCAGAUCCUCAGAGGGAAGCUGGAGUUUCCGUCUCCGGACUGGGACACCAUCAGCCUCCCAGCCAAGAUGCUGAUUAGUCAGAUGCUGCAGGUGAACGUGGACACUCGAUUCACCGCCGAGGAGAUCCUGUCCCACCCCUGGGUGACGGAUGAGGCUCCGGUAGACUCCACCAUUGUGAGCAGCACUGCAGAACAGACCGGUGGAGACGCACUGGACCCAGAGCAGGAAUCCCCAAUACUGGAAACCAAACAAGUUCCUUCUCCUCUGGUUUAAAUCACAUUGAUCUUCCAUCAACUGGAAACCAAACACAACACAGAUUUUUUGUUUUUGAUCUACCGGAAACCCCAUAAAGGUCUAGAUCUGUCCAGGAAACCAGAUAAGUUCCCUCAAAUCUGGUCCGGAUCUUGUCCUGUUUUUUCAUCACCUUCAGUGUAGAACACGUCCCGUUUGAUCUUUUGGAAACCAAAUGAGUUUCAUCUCCUGGAAGCCAAACCACCAUCUGGUCGAGUGAAGGACCUGUUUCCACCCACUGGAAACCAAACCUUUUCCCUCAUUCUUGGUCUACAAUAGAUCCCCGUUCAUCCACUGUUCCCUCAAAACUCCUUCCUUCAGCUCUGGUCUAGAAUUGGUCCCGUUUCAUCUCAUGGAAACCAAACAAAUUCCCUGACCCCCUCUGGUCUAGAAUAUGUCCAAUCAACUUGUUUUACUGCUGGUCCAGAAGUUUCCCGUUGCCUGGACACAAAACCAGAAAACGUCUUCUUUCAUCUACCGGACACUGAACAAGUUCCCUCUUUUAAUCCACUGUAAAUCUAACAAGUUCCAUCAAACCUGGUCUAGAAUUGGUCUUUUUGGAAAUCCAACAAGUUCCCUUAACAUCUAGAACUCGUCCUGUUCUUUCACUUAAAAUCAAAUAAGCUUCCUCACCUCUUUAUUCUAGAAUAAAUACCUUUUUAUCAACUGGAAACCAAAUGAGUUCUCUCAUAUCUGGCUUCGAAUCAAUUCUGUUUCAACAACUGGAAACCAUCAAGAUCACCCCCCUUUGGUCUAGAAUGUAUCCCAUUUAAAUGUAUUGGAAACCAAACAAGUUCCUUCAAAUUACGUGGUCCAGGAUAUGUCCCCCUUAAUCAACUUGAAACCGAAAUCCCACACCUCUGGUCAAGAAUACGUUCCUUUAAAUCAUCUGCUCUAGAGUAUGUCCCCUUUUAACAACUGGAAACCAAAUAAGUUCCCACACUCUUGUCUGAAACAUUGUCCUUUGCAUGUAAUGGAAAAUAAACAAGUUCCUUCAAAUCUGGUCCAGAACACGUCCCGUUUCAUCUUCUGGAAACCAAACAAGUUCCCUUGCCUCUAGUCUAGAAUUGCUGUGUUGCUUCAACUUGACACCAAAUGAGUUCCCCUCUCCUUGGUCCAUUUCAUCUACUGGAGACUGAAGAGGAUUCCUCACCUCUAGUCUAGGACACUCAGCAUUUGCUAUACUGAAAACAAAUUCAAGUUCUCCAUUGCCACUUCCAAUUAUCUCCUGGAAACUGUCCUCGCCUUUGGUCUAGACCAGCAUCCUAUCUACUGAAGACUUUCACAAGCCCCGCCUCUGCUGCUGUACUGGAAAGUAUUUACAUCUUCUUUGAUGCGCUCCAUCAAGAGAUGGGGUCCCAUUUUAUUGUUGGCAAGACCCUAAUGAAGUCGCCUCACUGCUACCUGAAGGACACGCACCAUAUCAACACUGGGAGACCAUGAAAGUGAUAUUGGAUACAUAAGUGUUUCAUCACCCGGUGUCUCUUGGGACUGGACCCAUUUCCUGAGAAUGGCCCUUAACAAAGG